AUGGAGAACGACACCACCGCCACUACCACCGUCAACAACGGCUCCGUCAACACGACCAAACUAGGUUCUGGCGGCGGCGGCGGAGGAAUCAAAUCCAAUAACCAUAUCAACGAAGAAGAACAUUCCAAUUUGAACGGCGAGGAAAACAUACCAGAAAAAAUGGAAGAGAAAGAAGAAGAAGAAGACAAAGGGGAACAACAACAACCUACUGGAUCUGAAACCGCCGCGCAACAACCUUCAAGAACGCCUUUCACUAAUCUCAGCCAAGUCGAUGCUGACCUCGCCCUUGCUCGAACUCUUCAAGAGCAGGAAAGGGCAUACAUGAUGCUGAGGAUGAAUAAUGAUGGAAGUGACUAUGGAAGUUGGGAAGGUGGGAGUUAUUUGCAUGAGGAUGGAGAUGAUUUUGAUGAUCUGCAUGAUGGCACUGAUGUAGAUGAGGACGAGGAGGAUGAGGAUGACGAUAAUGAGGAGGAAUAUGAAGAUGAAGACGUAUUUGAUGUUCAUGCUCAUGCUAGUGCUGGAGAACAUGAUAAUGCCACUAUUGAAUUUGACCCAGAGCUGUUUUCAAAUGAUGAAGCCUAUGCAAGAGCAUUACAGGAGGCUGAAGAGAGGGAGAUGGCAGCUAGACUGUUGGCACUUGCUGGGAUACAUGAUCUUUCGUUUUCAAUUACAGAGGAUGCUGAGGACAUGGAGGAGCAUGGUACUAAUUCUCAGGAUGCUUGGGAGGAUGUUGAUCCAGAUGAACUUUCAUAUGAGGAACUCCUGGCAUUGGGUGAGGUAGUAGGAACUGAGAGCAGAGGCCUUUCGACUGAUACUAUUGCCUGUUUACCUUCAGUCAACUAUAAGACGGGGAGUGAUCAGCAUGGGAGCAAUGAUUCGUGUGUCAUUUGCCGGGUGGACUAUGAGGAUGAUGAGUCCUUGACAGUUCUUUCCUGCAAACAUCUGUACCAUCCCGAGUGCAUUAACAACUGGCUGAAAAUAAAUAAGGUUUGCCCUGUCUGCAGUACAGAGGUCUCUGCUUCUGGAAGCAACUUGUAG